AUGGCAUCUCCAUUGCUCUUUCUCAUCGCCCUAUCAUUCUUUUUUCAGUCACUCCUCGUUGCUUCUCACAAUCUAUCAAACUCUUCAAUUAUCUGCAAAACGACGCCGGAUCCAAAAUACUGCAAAACCAUUUUCCCACACAGCCAAGGCAAUGUUCAACAGUACGGCCGCUUCUCACUCCGCAAAUCGCUAUCGCAAUCGCGAAAAUUCAUUCGCACGGUCGACAGAUACCUAAAACGCAACGCCCAUUUAUCUCCACCCGCCGUUACCAGAGCGCUCCAAGAUUGCCGUUUCCUCGCCGGUUUAACCAUGGAUUAUCUCUUGACGUCGUUCCAAACCGUUAACGACACGUCAGCCAUGUCGUUUCCAAAAGCUGAGGAUGUCCAAACGCUUCUUUCCGCGGCGCUAACUAACGAGCAGACGUGUCUCGAGGGAAUUACCACCGCCGCUUCUUCUUCCGCCACGUGGACUGUACGAAACGGCGUCGCCUUGCCUCUCGUCAAUGACACCAAGCUCUUCAGCGUCUCACUCGCUCUCUUCACCAAAGGAUGGGUUCCCAAAAAGAAGAAACGGGCCGGGUUUGCUUGGGCCCACCCGAGAUCCGGAUCGUCUACUCACACAAAACCGUUCCGUUUGUUCCGUAACGGAGCUCUGCCGCUAAAAAUGACCGAACGCACAAAAGCCGUUUACGAGUCUCUCACGAGGCGUAAACUCGCAAAUGUCGACGGUAACAGUAACGGUGAUGGAGACGAUGGAAGCAUGGUUCUAAUAAGCGAUAUCAUCACCGUGAUGCAAGACGGAACUGGAGAUUUCAACAAUAUCACGGCGGCUAUUGCGGCGGCGCCGAAUAACACCGACGGAAGCGCCGGUUUCUUCCUUAUCUACGUGACGGCGGGAAUCUACGAAGAAUACGUCUCGAUAGCUAAGAACAAAAGGUAUUUGAUGAUGAUCGGGGACGGAAUUAAUCAGACGGUUGUCACCGGGAACAGAAGCGUCGUCGACGGUUGGACCACUUUCAACUCCGCCACGUUUGCUGUGACAGCACCGAACUUCGUUGCGGUGAACAUAACUUUCCGGAACACGGCCGGGCCGGAAAAGCACCAGGCGGUUGCGUUACGGAGCGGCGCAGAUUUCUCGAUCUUCUACAGUUGUAGUUUCGAGGCUUAUCAAGAUACGCUCUACACGCAUUCUCUAAGACAGUUUUACAGAGAAUGUGAUGUCUAUGGAACGGUCGAUUUUAUAUUUGGAAAUGCGGCUGUUGUGUUGCAAAACUGCAAUUUAUAUCCGAGAAAACCGCUGCCGAAUCAGUUCAACGCCAUCACCGCACAAGGCCGGUCUGAUCCGAACCAGAAUACCGGUACGUCGAUCCAUAACUGUACGAUUAGACCAGCGGAUGAUCUUGUUUCGAGUAACUAUACGGUUAGAACGUAUUUGGGUCGACCGUGGAAAGAGUAUUCGCGGACGGUUUACAUGCAAUCGUACAUUGAUGGAUUUGUUGAACCGGUUGGUUGGAGAGAGUGGAACGGCGAUUUCGCAUUGAGUACGCUGUACUACGCUGAGUAUAACAAUACCGGACCGGGUUCAAACACUACAAACCGUGUUACAUGGCCCGGUUAUCACGUGAUUAAUUCGACUGAUGCAGCUAAUUUCACAGUCACCGGUUUAUUUAUCGAAGAUGAGUGGAUUUGGAAGACCGGAGUGCCUUACACCAGCGGUUUAAAUUCAUAG